AUCCGCAUCGAUGUCGGCCAGGGUCCGAAGCUUCAGUCCUUCCACGCGCACGAGGCCAUCCUGCUCGCCCACAGCGGCUACUUCCGCAGCGCGCUCAAAGACUGCAUCGAGGCCGACAUGGAGUGGGACUCACUUCCGGACGCCGACCCCGACAUCUUCGGCAAGGCCCUCGUGUGGUUCUACACAGGCAAGCUGCCGUCCACCAACGACAAGCAGCAUCUCUACCGCGACCUCUGCCGCGUCUGGGUUCUUGGCGAGAUGCUCUCUGCCCCCGGCCUGCAGGACCACGCGACCAGGGAGCUGCUGAAGCUCGAGAAGCUCGCCAUGCCUUGCCCCCCGGACGUCCUGUACGAAGCGUACCACGACACCAACCGAGGAAGCCCGCUGCGCAAGCUCGUGCUGGAAAUUUUUGUCAAGCGCAACACGGGCGGAGAGGCGCUCGAGAGCCUGACCAGAGGCUUCUUGAAGGAAGAGAUUAUGGCUGAUGUCGCCACUGCGGCGCUCAAGAACAUGAAGGACAUGAAGUUCAUGGGCAAGGAUACUCAGUUGAAGGAGGACGACUACCUUGUUUGCUCUUCCAAGUAG